AAUAUUAGGCGGGAAACGUUGUCUCAUCGGCUGUCAAAUAUCGGCCAGUGUGAAUUUCAAGUUGAGAUCGAGUAACAACAAUGGCUUCUUACUCAGGGAAUCUAACGCAAUUGAGCGACUUUCUCGGAACAGCGGACACCAUAUCAGAGACGGAAGAUGCCGAAUUUUUGUCUGCUUCUGAAGCUGUUAAGAAACUCGAAGAGAGCUGGCUGAAUGAAAUGCUUGCCCCAGAAUUACUAUCUCCACAGACUGAACUAGUGGACUGCCUUUUAGAGCAGACCAAGAACAUGGAGGAAAAUUUAAUGGCCAUUUCAAAAUCAGAUUUUCGCUUUGCUCUUCAUAGAAUGGAAGUGGAAAGAAUCAGAUACAUAGUGACAUCAUACCUUAGAAUACGACUGGAGAAAAUAGAGAAAUUUCUUUGCUACCUACUAAACAAUGAAAACAAAAGACAACGAAAUGAACCAAGUUUGCUGACUGAAGAUGAGCUGAAAUUUGCCCAAGAAUUGAGUUCUAAUACAGAAUCUCACCUCAAAACUCUUGGACUAAGGCAUAUGCCAACAAACAUGCGAGACAUCAACACCCAAAAAUUCAUGAUAGCUCCCAACCGAGAUAGCUAUGUUUUUGCACGUGUAAAAGAUGAUGCGCCAUCGGUUCUUGUUAGCGAUGGAACUAGCGAAGGAGAAAUGGAAGUGGAGUUGCUGAAGAACUCUCAGCAUUUACUUCCUUACAGAUCAAUUGCAAGCUUAGUGCAAAAUAAUGUUGUGAAUCUAAUGUAAAUUAUAGCAUUACUUAAUAGUACCUUUUGAAAAAGAAAUUCGUAGACAAAUACAAAGAAAUGCCGAAAUAUUUGAAACAAAAGGUGGCGCUGAAAA